ACACACGUUUACACUGAGACCAAGAACAAAAACAUAAAAGAAAAGAAAAAAAUAUCAAAGAACACAAACAAAGAAGAGCAAAAUGAAGAGUGCGAUUUGUGGGAGAAUUCUCUCUCCCAAUCACGUCUUCAAACCAGGGGACACAAAUUCAUUUUGUAAAGGACCAUACUCCAAUCUUUGUGUACCCAUGGCUGUAUUGGCAACAGGACCUGGUAAAGGAGGUGGGCUGCUGGAAAAGCCAGUUAUCGAAAAAGUCGCUCCUGGCCGUGAGUCUGAAUUUGAUUUGAAGAAAUCAAGGAAAACGGCACCACCUUAUCGUGUAAUAUUGCACAACGACAACUUCAAUAAACGGGAAUACGUGGUCCAAGUACUGAUGAAGGUCAUCCCUGGAAUGACCCUUGAUAAUGCAGUUAACAUCAUGCAAGAAGCACACUACAAUGGGUUGUCAGUGGUGAUCAUAUGUGCCCAAGCUGAUGCUGAAGAUCAUUGCAUGCAACUAAGAGGCAAUGGGUUGUUCAGUUCAAUUGAACCUGCAAGUGGUGGCUGCUGAUGAAAAGUUUCACCUUGAAAUUUGAAUCUCCCUUGCUUUUAUAUGCUAUUGAAAGGGGAGAUGGAAAUAUUAGCAGGUGUAUAUAAGUUCCACCUCUUGAAGGCUUAGAGAAACUAGAAAAGAAAGGACAUAUCUAUCUGGUGUAAAACUUGGCAUUAUGAUCAAGAUGAACGACCUAUGAUUGAGACAUGUGAUAGUUGUGAUUUUGAAUAAAGAAUUGCACAACAUAUUAAAACUAAGCUGAUGAAAUGAUUGGUAUAUA